AUGGCUGCAACAAACGUAAGCCUGAAGAUUCAUAGACAAAAAGAAGCAACAGGUACUUUUUCGCCGAAGCAGACAACAAAUUUUGUUGAUUUCCUGCUUAGCAUUUUCACUCUGCUCGUAGGAGUUGUCACCAGACUUCUCAAAGAUGGAGGCGGCGUGGUAGGCUGCCUGCCAAGCCUCUACCAGAGCAUUAAGAAUUUGAGUGUUACAUACAUCAAACCAGACAAAAACAAACUUUUUCUGCUGGAACCCAAACUAGUCAUGCCUGGUGCUGAGGUCCCUCUCCUAUUGCCAAACGUUGGCUCAACAUUUUCUCAAUUGUAUAGGUGUCCGAACACAGGCAGUAAUUGUUUGAGCUUCGCGGCUGUUGAUGUUGGCACGAUUUGUCCUUCAUGCAAAUCGAAGAUGGACCGGAAUGUAAAAUGCGUAGACCCAACAAGGGCAACCAGGGCUGCAUCCGCCGCUAGUGAGGAAGGUUACGUGAUAGGGACGGUUGCAUACAUGGUGAUGGAUGAUCUGGAGUUGAAGCCAUCUUCCUCCAGCUUUCUUGUCACUCUACUUACCAAGUUCAAUGUCAAGGAUGUUGGAGAUAUUGAGGAGAAAGUGGUCGAUAUGGGCCUGGAUGAGGUUUGA